UUGGUCAGAGUCGUGAUGGCAUUGUGUUCAGCACUGAUGACUAUUUUCACCAUCAAGAUGGGUACAGCAAAACAAGCUAUCAAUCAAGGGAGAUCUCCAGUUAUAAUAGACAACACUAAUACACAAGCUUGGGAAAUGAAACCAUAUGUGGAAAUGGCCAUAGGAAAAGGAUACAGAGUAGAGUUUCAUGAACCUGAAACUUGGUGGAAAUUUGAUCCUGAAGAAUUAGAAAAGAGGAAUAAACAUGGUGUAUCUCGAAAGAAGAUUGCUCAGAUGUUGGAUCGUUACGAAUACGAAAUGUCCAUCUCUAUUGUAAUGAAUUCAGUGGAACCGCCACACAAAAGCACACAAAGACCUCCUCCUUCACAGGGGAGACAGAGAGAAAGCGAUUUGAAGAAAACUGGGCCCAGGUUCAGCAAAAACAAACAGAAGAGAAGCAGAAAAAGAAGUAAAAAGCAGAACAGUCAUGGUAAAAUCAUGGGAGAAAACUCAUUUGAAACCUUAAGUUAUACACCAGGAGACCAGGACCCCUCUCAGAGUGCAGAGGAAGACUUGGAAGACACCAACAGAGAAUCGGCGUGCACCUUCACUGGUGGACUGGGACAUGAACUAAGAGGUUUAGUAAAUAGCCACCAAGAUGAAAUAUGGAGAAGCAUACAUCCUGAAGAUGGUUUUCCAAAUGUUAUGUCUGCAGUUGAGCUGGACAAUACACCAGAAAAUUACCUCCCUAAAGAACACGAUGAUUUGUUUCCAAAUAUGUCAUUGAUGCCGCAUGAAAACGCUGUUACUUGCCCGACAAUGACUCAGAGUCUUUCCUGCAUGGCAAGUGAUGACUGGUCUGGCACGAAUGUAGGAAAGCACACUGGAAGUAGGCAUCCAGGGUCAGACGUCCAGGGUGGAUCUGCGUCCAUCCCAUGCUCAUUGAUGCAGAAGAGAGAGAGGGUAGAUAAAAGACGCCUGAAUGAAACAUUUCUGUGCAAUCGAUAUGGAUCCAGAACUUCAGAUAAAAGUUUAAGAAAGGAACAAGGAGUAAAUUCAGCGAAAAACGAUUAUUGGGCUUUUUCUUCAAACAAUUUUUCUGAUGAAGAAUUACAGCUGAGCUCUGAGAGGCAACCCUAUUUUGGGAGCUGGCCUGAAGGACCUCAUAAGUUUAUAUGUGAACAAAGACCAAAGAGAGAGAGAUGGCAAAGGCUGGCCUCUCCGGACAGCAGGGGACAAUUGAUUAAGUUGAUCUCCACUCCUGAAGGAACUUCAGGACCAGGAAGCAGUCCAGAAACACUGGUAGAGGAGAAGCUGUUGAUAGAAAAUGAAGAUUUGUCACCUCCCACUGAGAAUAUAGAUUCAAUCAUAGAAACAGAAACAAAUGUCUUUAGAAGCUGCUUGCCUAACCUGCAUAUCCCAAAGAGUGACUUAUGCUCAACAAAGAAUAAGAAAAGGAGGGAGAAAAGGAUUUUCAAUUUGGCACCAAACUUUAACUUACUGGGACAGAGAUAUAUCAGUGUGAAAGAAAGAGGGGAAUGUGGCGUGGUAACAGAAAGCCAUGGACUAAAAAUUAUUUUGGAAGAAGAAAAAGAUAGAAUCUCAGAAAUAAACAAUAUAGAGGAGAAUAAGCAAAAACUUAUGACCUUUGAUCAUCAUCCAUCAUGGUUUUGCUUUGCUGUUUUCGAAGAUUCUCCUUUAAAUUUUGGUAGACAGUCUUAUUCUCAUUACCUGCCAUUUAGUAGACUAAGGCGCUCUGUGUACUUUUAUAAAAACCCUAUUCCUUCUCUUGUGCUACAGUAUACCUUCAGCUUUUGGAUGGUAUCUUUUACGAGCAAGAAACCAUCUUUGACUUUCAAAUCUCAGACAAGGGUAGAUGACCAACUACCUGACCUAGGGUUUAGUUCUUCAGAAAUUUUAAGUAGCCAAUCUGAUACUUUGUACUCUUUUAGGGUCACUUCUGAUCUUCACUUUUUAAAUGAAAGUUUUGAUGAAAAGCUGAAGACAUGGGAAGAACCUAAGCCAUUACAGUUCUUACAAACUGAAGAUAACCAAGAUUUGACGAGCACUGGCUUUGAUUCCCUUGAACUGCAAUUAUCACAAGGGUUUGCCUUUCAACUGGUAAAGCUUUUUGGAUCCCCUGGAGUUCCAAUGGAAUCUUUGUUGCCCGAUGACUGUGUGGUUUCCCUUGACUGGAAGACACUGAAGAUGAUCUAUUUGCAGUGGAAAAUAUCAGUAGAGAAAAGACAGAAGAAGAUUGGUUAAAAAUGAGAAUUUCUGGAACCGUAAGUACAACUUAUUCCAGAGACCUCAGUACAAUCAGAAGGCAGUGGAUGUUGACAUUAUUUGGUUAUAAUAGCUCCAUGUACUGCAAUUUGAAGAGUAAAUAUAAAAAAAUGUAGUCUGUUACCAUAGCAACCCUGUGUGCUAGUGCACAUGUGAUUUUCUAUUUCCUUUAAAUGUAGAUCUUUUUGUGAAAACAACAAAGCUUAGAUGGUUGUUACCAAAUUUAUUUGCCAACUUUAUUGGUUAGAACAUAUUUUACAGCGUUCUGUUAACACACAGUUUAUGAGGGAUUACCACCCCCGUCCCUUUGCCCCAGAUUGUUAUGUGACGAGAGCUGGGAAUUAGGGAUAUAGGUUAUAUUUAAAUAUUAGGAGAUUCUCUAGGAAAGGAGGUAAAACAUGGAGACAAACUCAUGUUAUAUUUUAAACUUGACAUCAAGCUGACAUUAAAAUAAAUACAUUGCACUUUUUUCAAAAUGCCUAAAUUAUGAAAUAAACACAGCUGCUAUGAUUUUAGUGUAUAUGUGUCUGCAUUUGAUAAGAAUUGAAUGCACUCUGCAUUUACCCAUAUGUUUUCUUUCUUCAUUUUAACUCGUAUUUCUAAGAGGUUUCUGUUUCCAUUCCUCUGCUAGAAAUAUACAUAUACUCCGUAAAAAUGUUUUUGUUUGUUUUAAAACUGGUUCUGCUGCAAGAAGAAGGAGAAGGACAAGAGGUUUGGGAGAAGAGUUUAGGGAUUUGAAGGGGCCACCUAAAAACGUGGGAUAAAAGUAGUCUGAGAAAGGAUACGAGGCUAUGAGGAAUUCCAGAGAAAGGAGGUAAAGAAAUUCACUUAUUCAUUUGACAAAUAUUGUGUUGCCUCAAUUCCAACAUUGUACUAUAGACAGAGGCUAUAGCAGUGAAAACUGCCAUGGCGUUUACGUUAGGACCAAGUUAGGAAGGGAGUGUUUUCCCUCCCUCCCCCAGCACCUCCCUCCACAUAUGGCAGCCCCAGCGUGACACCACUGUAAGCAGCGUGUGACAAGAAUGGACAUAUUUGGCUGUGGCCAACUUGGGGUCUUUUCUGUCAGCUAAAUUUGGAUGUUUUGUGUCAAGGACACUUCCUGGACCAUCCUCUUCCAUCUUUGUGCUAAACUGCCCUCUGGUCUCCUGCAGAGCAGUCACCCCUAAUUAUUAAUUAUUCAUCUUUUCUUGUUGGGGAACUUGAUGAGUGUUAUGUCUAUGUACAGGUUUUUUUUGUUUUUUGUUUUUUUUUUUACAAUUCUAAUGAGAACAUGCCUCCCUGUUUUGUGUUUGGCAUAAUGUACUGAUUAGUGGGCCUCAAGGGGUAGAUAGAAAUGUAUAAGGAGGGAAGUUGCAGGUGAAUGUGGUUGGCUUUGGGAACUUCAAGUCCCUGCCUAUUUCAAAAUUCUCUUCCUGCUGGUGGCUAGGGUGUUUAGUGUCACUCCUGUAAGGAGGUGGGGCAGGGUGCUGGAAGGAGAAUGGGUUCCCAUCCUGAAGCUAUUGCUGACUGGCUGUGUAACCUUAAACAAAUUAUCCUCUCAGAGCCUCAAUCUGUUCAUGUGUAGAAGAUAGAUUUAUAAUAGCAACCUGCCAUGGGAAUAUUAAAUGAGGAUUAAGCGAAAUAAUUGUGCAAAGUCCUUAACAUAGUGCCUGAAAAAUAAUAGGCUCUUAGAAGGGUUAAUUCCAUUUCUUUAAAUACCUCCUUGGGUUAGAGCAUCAUCUUUAAAAUGUCCCAGGCAAAAUAGAAAUUGUGUUACCUAGGAGAGCAACACAUUGACUUAAUAAAUGUGGUAACACAUUUGCAUGAAUUAGUGUAUUUAUUAUUAACUUUAUAAUGUAAAUAGCUGGAUCCUCAGGGAAUGAGGCAGAGAACAGGUUUGGAUUUAGAGACAGAAGGUUGGGCAGUGUGGGGGACACUGACUCUCCAACGAGACAGGACCAAGCAGGGUGUGGGGAUUGUAGGGCCAGAGUAAAGGCCUAGAUACCAGGGUAGUGGCUUAUUUAAAUAUGGAAAGAGCCUGGGAAACUGACACCAGACUCUGUAUAUGUCACCAUUUUCUCUAGACUUGUUUGGCUUGUGUUUUGUUUUGUUUUUUUUUUUUUGUAGUUGAAUUCUCCAGUCCUCCUCGUGCUGUUGAAGACCCUAAUCGUCAAGAAAGAGUGCCCAGUGCCCGCCCAAAGGAUCAUUUUCAACGAUACACUCAUUGGAUACCAAAAUUGGUUUGGAUAAUCUGUCCAACCAUUCUUGAUUAGUUAUCUGAAUAAUAAAAAACUCAACAAAAGA